AUGGACAAUCCCGAAACCGCCGAGUUCUUGUGCGGCCUCGACGGCACGGACAUCACUCUCGAUCCACCAUCCGAGCCGCCUCUCCACCUGCCCCGCCAGACCUGGGUGAUCGAUAAGACGCUCUCUGAACGAUCUGAAUGCAUGACGCAGCAAGACGUUGACGAUGGCCUUGGACUUCCGUACGCAGCUGCUAAGUUUCUCUGCCACCCCAAGGGAAAUCCUAGCAAGAAAGCUUUUAUGCGGAUUUAUCUUCAAAUUCCAGUCAUUGGCACUCAAUAUCAGAGCCCUCAAAUUCGACAAAAGCAGGCUGCUAAGCCACAACCGCACGUUGAGUUGACGACCUUGAAAGUGCUCAAUAAAUAUGGAUGCGAUGUUGUCCCUGACCUCCUUGCUUACCAAGAAAGAGAGCAAGGCGAAGAUAGUAUCGUUCCGGGAGGUUAUAUCACUUAUUUGGUCUGGGACAAAGUUCCCGGGGAGUCUCUAAGGGAAGAAGAAUUCUGGGAGCUGGAAAUUGAGUCGCGCCGAGAGAUCCGCGAUAAAUUUCGUGAAGCCUUUCCAAAGCUGAAGAAGUACGGUUACCUACCGCGUAUGUCAACUAUGUCGAAGAUCAUCUAUGAAAAGGCCACCGGGAAUAUGCAUUUCUCGGGGUUUUCACGGGCAGGCCGUACUGAUACAAACGAAGAGUGGCAUGACAAGUACUACGUUCUGUUUCGUUUGGCUAAGCCAUCUCCGAAGACGGACUGGGUCAAGGAUCCAACAGGAUGGACUUGGUGA